AUGGCUACCUUCGACCCCUCCAUUCUGCAGUCGAUUCUCAACAAAACCAAAACAGAGUCGUCCGAGAGCGUUAACCUUGUAGAAGUGCCACCGUUCCAGGAAUGGCGGUUUGAAGUUGCCGCCAAAGACAAGCUCAAACUGAAACUUGUCGACGGAACAGCAGAGAUCUUUGGAACCGAGCUGUCGCCCAACAUAGAGUACGCGUUCCAGGGCUCGAUAAAACUGUGUGUUUUCUCGUUUUCUGGCUGUAAAUUGCAGUUCUGGAACUGCCAGCCGUUGUCCGAGUACGUCAGUGAGGAGAGCUGUGUUGGACAGUAUCUAACAUUGCAUUUGGGUCUGGAAAAACAGAGAGUGGUGGAAGGCCCGCGCGUUCUCGUCAUUGGAGGAAAGGACUCGGGCAAAACGGCUCUUUGCCGCACGUUAGCGUCGUACGCAGAAAAACAGGACCAUCAACCGAUGCUGGUCAACCUGAAUCCCAGGGACUUUCAGUUUGUGAUUCCUGGUAAUUUGAGCGCCACCGCGAUUUCCGAUCUCCUGAACGUCGAGAACGUCGCCUUGGGCGAAAGCGUCGCCACAGGUCCCUCUUUCUACCACCAGAAACAGCCAUUGGCCAAGACUUUCGGACUGGAAAAGUUUUCAGAUAACGUUAAACUAUACAGGUAUUUAAUCCAGCAAUUGGGGAAGUCGGUGCGCAGACGCCUCGAUAACGACCUCAAGGUGAAAAAAUCAGGUGUGAUAGUCGACACGCCUGCAUUCACAAUCAAAGAGUACGACAUCAUCGAGGAAAUUGUUGCAUCCUUUAAUAUUAAUGUGCUUUUAAUAGUUGGAAGCGAGAGACUGCUGGUCGACUUGAAGAAAAAAAUGCAAAACCCAGCAAUCACGCUGUUGAAACUCAACAAGUCCAGCGGAUGCGUUGACAAGGACGACAAAUAUGAGCGAGAACUGCAGCAACGGUCGAUCAAAGAAUAUUUUUACGGCAUCGACAGGCUCCAGCUGAGUCCGUACAGCAUCACCGUCAACUUGAAAGAUUUCAUCUUUGUGCGCCCUAAGGAGACGGAACACGUGAACCUCUCGUUUUUGAGCGGGGAUCUUGCUGAUGAUGAUGAGGUGCCUCGCGAAACUGUCAAUUUCAAGCAGCUGGCCGAACGAGUCAAGAACCCUGGCUCAGAUACCUUGAGUAACUCCAUUCUGUCUUUAGUGGAUGAUUCCCAUAUCGACACCUUGAAAUACCUGAAUUCAGACGACGAUGACGAAAACCUGAUCAAGCCAUUCCUGGAUAGCAGCUCCUUGGGAUUCUGCUACGUUCAAAAUUGUAACGAUGAAAAAGGGAAGCUAACAUUAUUAGUGCCAUCUCCUGUCCAGCAAUUGCCAACUAGAACGCUCUUGUUGACACAGUUCAGAUACCAUGAAUAG